GCCGUCUGGCAUGACGAGUGGUAACCUCAAUAGGUCCAUCCAUGUUCAUGUCGAUCACUUUAAUUGCAGGAGAUCAAGGCACACUACUCCUCUCUAAGCAUGAAUGUUCAGCCGAUUCGCUCUCAUAUAACGAAAGUCUGGAGCACCUAGUCCGGGACCGCCGAGGACGAAUAAGCCAACCGGACGUGGCGAGAAGUAGCAGUUCUUCUUCAGUCUCUAUCACUCGGUAGUUUCACGAACGCAAGGCUUCUACCAAUCCAUGAAAACUCUCUCCGCCCGUACAAUCUACCUUCUCAUUUCUAAUCACCGCGACACCAAACUGCUGUAAAAGAAGACAAACUGUAUGUACGUGCCUGACCCAGGUCCACAGUCCUACUCCCAGAGCACAAGAGAGUUCUAGCCUAGAUUACUGGGUCCCGCAAACCAGACUACGCUCGUUGACGACGAACGUGGAAACCGACUAAGAAGACAACACGACGGGCCGGCCCCGCCAGGCACGCGAUAGGCUUUCUCUACAUUGACUGCGAUCGUCCUUACCUCCGGAGACUUCUGUGGCGCACUGGUCAUCCGCGUGAUAAAGUACAUACGCACGCAGGGCGCAUUACCAUGGAUCUGG